AAGCUAAACGGAGUAACUCUCUGGUCGGAUCUUCUCGACAUCCUCCAGUGGGCAACAACAUUGCUUUGGAAGCUUUGGACUCUGAAGUCAGAACUCUGAGCUUCACUGGUUCGUCGAAAAGUGACCUAUUAUCUAUCAUCGUCUGCAUCAGAAAAUAUAUAAUUUCCUCUCGUUCCGAAAAGAUUUCAGCUGCAGUGUUAAUUUCAAGAAAUUAUGGCUGGAUGUUGCAGCUUCACUGCUUCGCGUGACCGGUGCUACCGCUACUCCUUCUCCAACGCCGGCCUCAAAUCGGCCACGGCCGAUCUCGGCGACGGUACUAUCAUGCAUUGCUGGGUCCCUGGAACGCACAAGGAGUCCAAGCCUACUCUGCUUCUCAUCCACGGAAUCGGAGCCAACGCAAUGUGGCAAUGGAACGACUUCAUUUCUCCACUAAUCCGUCGCUUCAAUGUUUAUGUCCCAGACUUAGUUUUCUUCGGCGACUCCUGCACGACCCGACCCGAUAGGUCUGAAUCGUUCCAAGCUAGGUGCGUGAUGAGCCUCAUGGAGGCUUACGGUGUGAGGAAACUGAACGUGGUCGGCGUAAGUUACGGUGGCUUUGUGGCCUAUAGCAUGGCGGCACAAUUUCCAGAAAAGGUGGAAAAGGUGGUGCUUUGUUGUGCUGGAGUGACCUUGGAAGAGAAAGAUAUGGAUGAAGGGAUGUUUCAGGUAAAAAGUGUGGAAGAGGCUGUGAGUAUUUUGCUGCCACAGACUCCGGAGAAUAUGAAGAAACUGAUUCAGCUGACGUUUGUGAAACCUAUGAAAGUUCUGCCUUCUUGCUUUCUAAAUGAUUACAUUGAUGUGAUGUGCACAGAAAACCGCCAAGAGAGAAAAGAACUAAUCUAUGCAUUGCACAAGGGCAGAAAACUAUCUGAUCUUCCUAAGAUUACUCAGCCUGCAUAUAUUAUCUGGGGAGAAAAGGACUUGGUAUUCCCAAUUGAAUUAGCACACAGACUGAAACGGCAUCUAGGAGAUAAUGCACAACUAUUUGUCAUUAAGAACGCAGGACAUGCUCUCAAUAUAGAGAAGCCCAAGGAGCUGUAUAAGUAUUUAAAAUCCAUUCUAAUCGAGUCCUCGGUUCCAACAAAGCAAGAAAACCACAUUAAUGGUCACACGGAGUACUAGAAAUAGAAAGUUCAGAGAUCAGAAAUGCGGAGACGGGCAUUGUAGAUGUGAUUGUUUAUCUAUUUCUUUACACCGAUGAUGAGCCAUGAGGGUAUUUGUUUUGGGGAAAGCUUGAAUUGUAACCAUUCUUAAGGAAACAGGUAACCAAUCAUAUUUUAGAAUGUAAAUUGAGAUAUGUAUGUGUGAGAUAUGUAACAUGUUACGUCUACAUAUUUUAGCUUCAAUUGUUGAGUAGAAGUGUGUACGUGUGAUAUAUGUAACUGGUUUGUUUUCCAGUUGAAACUUAUCUAUUUAUUUGCAUAAGUACCUGCAUCAUCAA